AUGGAUGAUUCAUUUCCAUUAUCUUCCUCCUCUUCAUCAUCAUCACAACAACAACAACGGCAACAACAAUCAUCAAGAUAUUUUUGGUCACAUACUUUAGUAUUAGCAUUACAAAGUGGAUUCUUUAAUCAAUUACUAGGCCCGCUUAAUACGAUAGGCGAGAGACAAAAAUUACCAAAUAUUCUGACUGUACCGAUACCAUAUCCAGACGAGUUCGAACCUAUAAUACAUUGGCUAUAUCACCAUGAUGAUGAUGCUUGGCUGGACCUAAUCACAAUUGAUAACUUUCACAAAUUUUACGCAAAUAUAAAAUUUUUGAAAUUAGGUAAAGAAGCUUACGAUGUGUUGGAUACAUUUAUUGAGGAGGCUGAAGAAAUUGGUUUAGAUAUAUCAACUAAUGUCAAUACUGAAAACAUUUUAGAACUUUAUUAA